CUCUGUAAUCAGCUUUUCCUUCCUUUUUUAGAUUUCAUCUUUCCUUUUCCUCCGAAUUUUUCUCUAAAUAACAGAUUUUUCUUUGCUCGCUUUGAUUGCUGUUACUGUAGACUGGCGUCCUUUAUUUGAGAUUUUCCAUGUCCUUUGUGAUCUCUCCCUCUCUCUCAAAUAUUCGAUUAGUGAAAGAAGGGAUCGGCAGAAGUUCAUGUCAGCAUCAGCUUCCUCUCGUCUUUUUUUUUUUUUUGCCCCUUUUACCCUUUCUUACCUUUUCUCCUCGGUUUCAUUGAGGAAAAACCAAAGCGCUGCAUCUCACGUGCCUCCUUUCGAUUCAGAAGCCGCUGAAAUUUCUUGCUUUCUCACUUCUUUUCUGGUUAGUUUGAGAUAAUCAAAAGCCCAGCUGAAGUUUUUUUUUCUUAAAAUCCCUGGAGUCGAGGUCCGAAAAGAAUCUGGUGCAUGUGAGGUUCACCCAACUUUGGAUAAUCUUUCCCCAAUUGACCUUGCUUGGUGAAUAAAUAAGAACUAUGAAGCAACAGUUUCUUUGACAUGUUCUGGAAUUUGGACUGAGCUAUGUUUUAGCUGAGAGUGGAAACUGGCCUGUUCUUUGGAGGGUGGGAUAUAAACGGAUGCUUUCUUUUCAGAGCUGAACAGAUGGGUGGGUGUUUUUCAGUCAGUGAUAGGAGUGUUGAUGGUGUAGAGAGGAACUCUUCAGCAUGUCUACGACUUGGAUCACAGAGGAAAGGAACGAAGGCACGGUCAUCGGAACAUGUCAUCAACUUGCAUCAAUUGCCCUUUGUUCCCAACCGAAUUUUUGCAAAUGGAAAGAGCAGAACUUCUUGUAUUUUCACUCAGCAAGGACGGAAGGGCAUAAACCAGGAUGCCAUGGUUGUCUGGGAAGAUUUUGUUUCGGAUGAUGCAGUAUUCUGCGGUGUCUUUGAUGGGCAUGGCCCUCAUGGGCAUCUUGUCGCCAGGAAAGUGAGGGACGCUUUGCCGUUGAAAUUGCUGUCAUUCUUGCAAUCUCCUGGGUCGAGGGGGAAUGGUCCUAGUGGUGGUUGUUUCAAGGUGAAAAUGGGAGCGGUUGAGUCUGUGGCUUCUGUCAAGGACAGCCCAUCUGAGGAUCCGUUGCUUUCUUUGUGGAGAGAUGUUUUCCUUAAAUCAUACAAAGCCAUGGACAAGGAGUUGAGAUCUCACCCUUCUGUCGAUUGUUUUUGCAGUGGCAGCACUGCUGUCACAUUGGUGAAACAGGGGUUGAAUCUUUUCAUAGGAAAUAUUGGGGAUUCUCGAGCUGUUUUGGGUUCAAGGGAUAGCAGUGGUUCCAUGGUCGCAGUACAGUUGACAGUUGAUCUUAAGCCUGAUCUGCCGAGGGAGGCUGAGCGGAUUAAACGUUGUAAAGGCAGGGUCUUUGCCCUGCAAGACGAGCCGGAGGUGCAGAGGGUCUGGUUGCCAUUUGAUGAUGCCCCUGGAUUAGCAAUGGCUAGGGCUUUUGGCGAUUUCUGUUUGAAGGAUUACGGAGUGAUUUCUAUGCCUGAAUUCUCCCACAGGAUACUUACUGACAGGGAUCAAUUUGUUGUGCUUGCUUCUGAUGGGGUUUGGGACGUCUUGAGCAAUGAAGAAGUGGUUGAGAUUGUAUCCUCAGCUACCUCCCGAUCUUCAGCUGCACGGGUCCUUGUUGACUCUGCUGUUCGGGAAUGGAAACUAAAAUACCCCACUUCAAAGAUUGAUGAUUGUGCUGUAAUUUGCUUGUAUUUGGAUGGGAAGAUGGACUCUGAGUCAGAGCCAGAGGAGAUGAGUAUAUCUACAGCCCAUCAUUCUCAGGCCAACGAAUCUGAUGAUGGGCAGAACCUAGAGCCGUGUCUGCAGCGGAAUUUUACAGUUAGGUCGGCAGAGCACAGUGACUCGAGUGGUAGAACCCCACUUACAGCCGAAGUAGACGGAGUAGUGAUGGUUGCUGAGGAUCAGAACUGGUCAGGUUUGGAAGGUGUGACACGUGUGAAUUCACUUGUUCAGCUUCCAAGAUUCUCUGAAGAAAGGGCGAAUGCAUGAAAUCUUGCAUUUUUGGGGGAGGUGCAUUACCAAAUGAUGCGUUGUAAAUGUCAAUGCAUGCAAGUUGAUGUAUUUGAACUAAUCUGAAAGUCUUCCCUCCAUUGCAAGGGCUUGAUUGACAUGAGUUUGUGGAUGAAAAGUACAUGGCCCUUUGAAAAUGAAAAGUUUGCAGAGCUUGAUUUUGUUAGCAA